AACGUGUUAAAAAAUUCGAAUCAAUAUUUAAAAUUCUAAGAAAUUCAAACGAAAUGCUUACGAAAAUUUGUGGCCAAAGCUUAAAGAAAUUUGCUAUUUUCAUAGGAGUCGUAUAUUUAUUACAAGCGAUUAUUAUUUCAGUUGCACUGCUUUUAGAUUUAAUCAAAUACAAGGAGGAUAAAUCAAAAGCCUCUGCCGAGGGGUUACCUUACGAUGAGGAUAGAGAAGUUGUAUCAUCUUUAAGUGUUUCCAUUUGCUUUAGUUUGACAUUCGUUCUCACCUCACCUUUUCUAAUAUGGGGUGCCAUUAAAGAAAAACAUACAUUUCUAAUACCCUGGCUGUACAAUAGUUUUUUCUGCAUAAUUGUCAAUUCUAUUUAUUUAUUUGUAAUAGUUGUGAAAAACUUUUAUAAUCUGGAUAAAACCAGUCGAGAAGUGAACCAAUUUGUAACAAUGAUUUUGAUGAUGGGUGUUGGUUUAACAUUACAACUCAUAUUUUAUAGAAUUGUUUACAGGCUAUACAAAGAGUUAGUAAGCGAACAGCAAUUAAGAUACUUGGAAAACUCUAGUACGAUUUUUAUAGUUGACGGUGAACACACCACAGAUCAGAGUUAAUGAGAGUGUGAACGGUGCUCAGAGGCCAGACAAAUUCAAAAGCUUUAAAUAAAUUAUUAAAUACUUAAGUUAUUUUAUAAAAAUAUUGCAUUAAUGUUAUAAAUUAUUUGAUUAGUUAGUUGUAAAACAAUCGUUUUACAUAAUUAUUAAGAAAUUCUAUUUAAAUAAUUUUAAAACUUUGUAGAGAAACUUGUUUAAUUCUAAUUAAAAUAAGUGGUUUUUACGUGCACUGAAGAUUAUAACAGAAAUAAAGUGAAAUACAAA